AUGCCCCAACUCAACUGUGUUCUAGUUGCCUCAUGUUAUCCACCGCUCAGAGAUGAGCGCGCACAAGCGGGCGCUGAGCGGCAUUAUCAGAAGUCUCCAAGGCGAUCGAACAUUGUACUUUGGCAAGUACACCCUGUGCCUUCUGAUUCUAAGAUUCUCACUCCUUUUUUCCAGUACAUAACCCUUCGUCAACACACCAUCUAUCUUAUCAAGAGAUGCCUAGCCGAACUUUCCUUUGCAAAUGCGCUCAAUGCUGCGAUGUCGGAGUGGAUGGUGUGCCCAGAAAUGUGGUGGCAGAGACUUGCCCAUCACCAUAAAGCAAAUCGCGAAACACCGUCCUCAAUAUUUCCAAGGCGAGCACCCAACACAUCAGUCCGAGAUGUCACACCGGUGGACGAUCUCGCCGCCGAACUAUUUGCUAUGACCUUAACCGAUAAUGAAGCCAUUCAGAUGGUCACCACAAAUUUCCAACGAGGCAAGGCAAAUGCCCACCUGGAUGCUGAACUCACUGGCAACGACACGUGA